AUGCCUCCAAGUCAAGAUAUUACUGCCGACUCGUUCAGAUUUAAAAAGCCCAUUCAAAGCACAGGCCGACGAAAGGCGAAAGCACCAACACGAGUGCGCAAAAGAAGACAGCCCUUGUUAUCACAAACGAAUCCCCUCGUCAAUAGUAACCCUAAUUGCAAUCGAUCGUCGUCGUUAAUAGCGGAUCUACAUAGCCUUGUGGAAUCUGAUCAAGAUCCGAUAUCAUCGGCUGAUUGUGUCAGUGUACUAGAAGGCGUAAUUAUGGUGAUUGACAAACAGCUGUGGGAGGCCCAACGUCUUGAGCAGCAAGCGGCGGCCAUGGGUGCAGAAGUUUCGCCGAAUAUGAACAAGACAGUGACCCACGUUGUACACUCGCCUGUGACGACGGUCGCUACAAAAGCAGCAGGCAGGAUGCACACUCAUCAUCAGCAACAACCACGGCUGGUUGCGCAAGCACUGAAUUCUGGUGCACGUUUGGUGUCGCCACUGUGGGUCGAGGAUUGUUAUAAACAAAAGAAACGGCUCCCUGAAUCUUAUUAUCCCUUUGAUGCCGAUCCAAGCCAGCAAACGCCACGGCUAUCUCUUGAAGAGAACGGGGAUCAAACAGAAGAAAAUCCGUUUCACGUUGAUGCUACAGUGUAUGCCGUGUCGUCCGAUAGUGAAGAAGAGGAAGGCCGUAUCGAUAACCAGAACGAUACUGAUGAUGAUGGUGGUGGUUACGAAAACGAAGAGGAAGAUGUGAAUGGCAGUGUACAUCGGCAGCAGCAAUUGCCAUGUGAAUCACUACGGCAACAACAACGUCGCUCACCAGUAACAGAUAAUGAAGAUAACGCAGAUGAAGACGAAGAGGUGCUUCUACGACGAAGGCAAAAACGAACAGCCGCGAUAUCCAAGAUUUUACAAGCAGUCAGGGAAAACAAGGAAAGACAACAACAACAACAGCAGCUGCAGCAGCAGCAACAGAAGCAGGAAAAUGUGCCAUCAUCGCUGCCAACGGAUGAACUCGAAGUCGGCUACCUGGGAUCCGAGGAAAAGCAUAAUGUGUGGUAUGGCGAACAAUCCUUCUACAACCAUGACUCUUCCUCUUCAACAAAAGCCGCAGCAGUAGCUGCUGCUGCUUCUGAAUCAAGCGCUAGUCGACGGCGAGAAUCGCAUGUUCGUCGCAGUACUUCAUCACCACAAGAUUUUAAAAGAAAGAAACGUUAA